GAAUAUUUCAGAUAGUGUAAAAGAUUGAUUCUCAACAAUGGCUCUCUUUCUAAAAGUUGGCAUCUGUUCUGCAUUGUUAGUAAUGUCCGUCAUAAAUGUUAAUGGACAAUGUCAAGGUGGAAGUACCCAUUCAACUACAGCACAGAGUACUUCCACUAGUUAUAUUGCCUCGGAUAACUACCCGUCGUAUUACAGAAACAAUAUAUACUGUACAACGACUAUAACUAAUCCAGGAUCAGGGCGAAUUUUAUUUCAUGUAGAACAUCAAGAUAUAGAGAGACGCUAUGACUUCUUAUAUAUUUAUAUAGGAAGUGUGUCUUCAGCCAACCGGCGACAUUACUCGGAGAAUCAAUAUUCCGGAAGUGUUGGCUUGACAAAUCCGGGGGAAGACCUUAUUGUUCGCUUCACUUCGGAUUCUAGUAUAACAUACGGCGGGUAUAAAGUGAACUUUAUUGCAAUCGAAAAUCUUGGUAGUUGUGGUACUACUAUAACGGCCACCUCCACUGAGCAACAACUGAGUUAUGUUUACAGCUGGCAAUAUUCAUCCCCCUGUGCAUAUACAAUAUCUUCACAAAACGUGGGCGAUUCUGUACAGAUAACAGUUCUUUUUGCAAAGGGAAUUGUUCAAAUUUCGGAGGCCAGUGCUGUAACUAAUUUGGAAACCAGUGGCUCCACCUACGUGAGCACUCAAGACACUAUAACAGUGACCGGAACCUAUGGUAAUGAUUUUGUCGUGAUGUAUGAGUCAACCAGCUCUGCAACUGCAGGGACCGUAACUGCAGCACCAGUGAUCAGGAAUGAAGAUUCUUCUAUAUGUUAUGAGCGGCAGAAAACAGCUGUAUUUAACACAAGGUUUUUAUAUUCUCCAAACUAUCCGAGCAGAUACCCAAACGAUGUGGACUGUACGGUAACAUUAGUUGCUGAUGACAGCGCUAAGUCCAUCACAUUGACUGUCAAUGAUUACACAGUAUUAGUGUAUGAUGACUUGAGAAUUUAUGACGGUGAUGACACCAGCUUCAAUGAAAUUCCCCUAACCACCACUGAGUCAAUGACGAGCUCUGGAGCAAGUAUAACUCUACGUUUUGUAACAGAUUAUACCUCAACUGCUAGAGGUUUUAAUAUCUCGUAUUCAAGUGUUACAAGAGUUGGGCCUACAUGUCUUGGAAACUCUGUAACAGCAUCAACGGCAGACGACACAGAGCAGAAUAUAAUGUCGCCAAAUUAUCCAUCUUCCUAUAGCAAGUAUGUGUUUUUUGUGUCGCCUCUACGGAGUAGUGGCGACAUAUAGGGAUCACUUCUCCGUCGUCUGUCUGUCCGUCUGUCUGUCUGUCUGUCUGUCUGUCUGUCCGUCUGUCCGUCCGUCCGUCACAAAACUUGUCCGGACUACUCCUCAUAAACUACUGGUGCAAUUUCUUCCAAACUUUACAGGAAUGAUCAGUACCAAGUCUAGUUGUGCAUAUUGUCAGCAUUUUCCGGUUCAAUGAUUUUUGUCAGAGUUAUGGCCCUUUAAUAAUUUUUAAUUUAAAGUUUGUCCGGACUACUUCUCUUAUACCACUAAUGCAAUUUCAAUGAAACUUUACAGGAUUGAUCUGUAGCUCAAGUCCUUGCGCAUAUUGCACGGUUUU